UUCUGGCACAGUUCGGUUGGGCGGUAGUGGGUCGGUGCGUCAUCCGGUGUGACAAAAGUGUGGCGGCGGAUGCCAUGUAAUUUCUCAGCAUUGUGUGCACAUCUUUCAGUGAUCGAUUCGAGAGUGGCGAUCGUUGUGUGCUAUGAUUACUUAUCGGCCCGCUGUCGAUGGAUGUUGCAAGUUUUCACCGCGUAUCGCAUCAACUGCCUCCCGGUCUCCGUCGCUAGGCAGGCGCUGCAAGAUUAUAGCGCCGGCAUCUAAACGGCCAUCGCCACCGCAAAACAGUCGAUGACAUUUUCCGCGGUCGAUUGACAUUUGCAAAGUGAUUAGAGGCAAGAAAAGUGUGCUCUCGCCUGUCGGCGUUCGGCGAUUACGUGACACACGUGGGCGUGGAUUUAAGUGUUGGCCACCGGAGAAAACAGAAACUCAACGAAAAGGCCCAUUUCCUGGCCUAAGCGUCGCCCGAGGAGACAACGUUUACGUGUUGCAGGAGAAAGUGAAAUUUGAAUGAACAACAACGACUGAGCGAUUCGAUCGAUCGAGGUGACCGCCGAGAAAGGGAGAAAAGUUGCAGGUUAGAAGCUAAAAUCCCCGGCGCAGUACAACAAACGCUUCCAUGACGAUCGGUAGUGGUGGUGGCGGCGGAAUGCGCCCUCUGAAGAUCACAACGGUCGGCGAUGGCAUGGUGGGAAAGACGUGCAUGCUCAUCACCUACACGCAAAACGAGUUCCCGAGCGAGUACGUCCCAACAGUAUUUGACAAUCAUGCCUGCAACAUCGUCGUAGACGGUAGCGACUACGCGCUGACCCUAUGGGACACGGCCGGCCAGGAGGACUACGAGCGAUUGCGGCCCCUCAGCUAUCCCAACACCGACUGUUUCCUCAUCUGCUACUCGAUAUCGAACCGCACCUCGUUCGAUAAUGUACUCUCGAAGUGGUGCCCGGAAAUAAGACACUUUGCACCGACCGUCCCAAUUGUGCUCGUCGGCACCAAGAGCGACCUACGAGUGGUGGGCUCGGAAAAGUUCGUCACCACUGCGGAGGGCAAGAAGCUGAAGCACAAAAUCAAGGCGUACGCCAUGGUAGAAUGUUCUGCCAAACGGAAACAAAACCUGGCCGAGGUGUUCGACGAAGCGGUACGAGCGGUCGAGAAGAAACCACAUGCACACCCGCGACUAUGCACGUUACUCUAGGAGGAUGGUUGACCCACGGAGUGCACUGCUUAAUCUUUCCGCAAACCGACGGUGUAGCGAAACGGGAUAGGCCGCAGAAAAGUGUCCAAACUGGACAUAUCCAGAGAUUGAGAGGCGCUCACGUGUCAACUUCGUCGGAAGAGUGCACCUGCCUUUCUUUCCCCUCCAACUAUGCGCAAAAUACGGCCAUCAAAAUUGAGGAAUCGAUUAUUAUAUGUUAAAGAUGACAUUGCUACGCCCUAAGAAGCAAUGACGGAGGGCAUAAGAAUGUAAACCUGGCAGUAGAAUGUCUGUUAAGAGUAGAGGGGUCCAUCCAGAAACUAUGAUGGAUGGUAACAUCCUGGACUGUCAGCUUGUUUUUUACUAUAUUUAAAUAAACUAGUCAUUGUAAG